CUUUCCCACUCCAAACCCUCCCCACCACACAACCACACUCAAUCAACGCUCAAUCGCUCGUUCGACUUUCCUCCCACUUACACUCAACCCUCAAUUCCCGCCCGCCGUCGGUUCUACCUAAAGGAACAUAUCUGCUUGCUUUCAAUUCCACAGAGCCUCCAAGAGUUCACGGUAGUCGACGGUUGGAAUUUCCCUCCACCUCUUCCGCUUUCCAUUCAGUCAUGUCCAACACGUCGCCGCCCGCUGCAGUCUCAGGGAACAAUGCUGGCAACGAUGACUCCGCUUCAUCAAUUACGGUGAAUACCACCGCCGCCGCCACCACCACCAGUGCUCCCGCGCCAUUUCCUCCCCCUAAAACCGACAAGCCUCGGCCUCACGUCUGUGCUACUUGUCAGCGCUCAUUUGCCCGAUUGGAACAUCUGAAACGUCAUGAACGUUCCCACACCAAGGAGAAACCGUUCGAGUGCCCGGAAUGCACAAGAUGCUUUGCUCGGCGAGAUUUGCUCCUGCGACACCAGCAGAAGCUUCACCAGACUACAACGCCCUCGUCGCGACCAAGAAACCGCCGUGAAAGUACUAGCAGUACUGCUACCGCUCAGAGCCGAGCUCGAAAGAACAGCGUCGCUAGUGCAAAUACCUCUGCUGCUACCAAUAAUGCCUCUAUGAGACCUCGCGCGAAUACCAUCAGCCAUGUGGAUGGGAACCAUAUGCAUAUGAUCGCGGCCGCGAAUGCCCAGGUCGCGAGGACUCAGCAACAUCACAUGCCCCCAACUCACAGCCGGCAUCAGAGCCUCGUGGGAUUGCCGCUGCAUAACGUGGAUCAUGGCUUUGCUGGCAUGUCCUCAGUUAUGGGCCAUAGAGGCAUGAACCAUGGACUCCCAAAGCUGGAAACGCACAGCAUCAACAUAGACUUCAACGCCGGUCUGCGUACUGCACCUCCCUUGCCAUUUCAGCCGGAAUAUGAUUUUGAAGGCUUGCUAUUCGGGCAGCCUGGCUCGACUAUUAAUCCGAACGCUCUUCACUACAACGAAUCUCCUCACUCCAUGUCCCUAGAUCCCACGUCCCCUUUCAGUAGUGCGAUGGAUAUAUCUACUCCUAGUCAGCACAUCGACGAUAGUUUUGACUGGUUGACGGGGUUUGAGCAUCAGAUGUCGUUUAACAACCCGGCCGAGAAUGCUGUUGACGGUUCAUCUCCCUCCGCAAUGAGUACCACCAGUCAGAGUGGUAUUAGCGACGUGAUGCUCGAUGGCUCUAACCCGACAAAUGUGACAUCGGCAUCCAACUCUAUGUGGCAACCAGCGCUUAUGGGACCUCCCCAGGUAACGACACCGUUCUCAAUGGAAAUGAGCGGUACGGUAUUCCCGGAUCUACUGAACGGAGCGCCAGUCUCUCCCCAGCCAUCAGCUCAAAAAAGCAUGAAUGACAUCUACUUCUCAACUCCGCCCCCAUCUAUGAGUUCUCUUAGUCCUUCAGUGAUGCCGGGCUUAACGACACAUAACAUGAACCAGUCCAUCAGCUUUAGCACCGGUCCGGAAACGCCCACCUCGAUCAGCGGUACCCACCAGUCGCAUUCCCCUGUUUCAACCAUCACGGAUACCACGCGAAAUGCGAUCGUCAGCGCACUGUCUCUGUGCGGUCCGUUUAAUGGUCGUAAAUACUCCUUCACGUCACCCAACUCACCGAUGUCCCCACAGUUCCCUACUACUCCAGACAACGCAGCCGAAAGUGUAAAAGCUUUACCAAGUACCCAAGACUUACAGCGAUACGUUACUAGUUAUUUCCGUUAUUUCCAUCCCCACCUCCCAUUCCUGCAUAUCCCCACACUUUCAUUUGAUACUCCCAGCUCGGGCAACGGAAGAUCGAGUAUUGUUGGUGGCAGUGGAUGCCUCGUUCUAUCAAUGGCUGCUAUCGGUGCUCUAUAUGAAAUGGAGCGUCCUCAGUCAAAGGAGUUGUUUGAGAUGGCAAAGAAGAUGAUUCAAUUAUACUUGGAAGAGCGAAGGAAGGCUGAUAUGCGGAAGGCUGAUUUCCGGCGAACCCCAUCGUCUGACCAGGGAUCCCAAGGACCGGAGUCGUCUAUUCAUACACCACUAUGGCUAGUGCAAGCGAUGCUUCUCAACGUUGUAUACGGACAUAAUUGCGGCGACAAAACAGCAAAUGACAUCGCUUCGACCCAUUCUACAGCCUUAGUGAGCCUUGCCCAAGCUGCCGGUUUACUUCGACCACUGAAGCUGGAUUCGAUUGAAAUUCGGGAAAUUCAAAUGAAUGAUGCCGAGGGUAACUGGAAUGGAGGUAUGAAGGCCGAAACCGAGGAACAGGCCGAAUGGUUGAGGUGGAAAACUAUGGAGGAGCGGAAGCGCACCCUCUAUGUCAUUUUCAUCCUUUCUAGUCUUCUGGUGACUGCCUAUAACCAUACCCCGGCGCUGACAAACUCGGAAAUAACACUGGACCUUCCUUGUGAUGAAGAGUUCUUCGCAGCCGAGAGCGCCGCUGCUUUCCAGUUGAAGGGUGGUGUGCGAGUUGCCGGACACAAUAGAACGACUUUCCACGAAGCUUUGAGUGAGUUGCUUCGUACUAACGAAAAGCAGCAAAAGCUAGCAUUCGGUAACGGGCAACACUUAAGUUCGGCAGUUCAGGUCAACGAUAUACCACCAAGUGAGCUUAAACCCAGUACUCUUGGCUGCUUGGUGUUGAUUAAUGCGCUCCAUAACUACAUUUGGGAAACCCGCCAGCGCCACCACAACAAGAUGUGGACCAAUGAAGAAACCGAGAAAAUGCAUCGUCACAUUGAACCAGCGUUGAAGGCAUGGCAGUCAGCCUGGGCGAGUAACCCACAUCACAGCCUUGAACGCCCGAAUCCCUUUGGGAUGGGACCUCUUUCCGCCGAUUCUAUUCCCCUACUUGAUCUAGCUUAUAUACGAUUAUUUGUAAACAUGUCUCGAACUAAAGAGAAGUUCUGGCAAAGGGAUUGGGAUGGUCUGGCGGAUGAGCUCUCUCGCGGUACCGAAGUUAUCCAACAUGCAGAACAUUCUCCAUCAUCAAAUGCAGAAUCCGGGACAGACCCAUCCGACGCUUCUGCCACGAGUUCCAUUUUCAUUGAUUCACCCCCAACGCAGUCAUCGUCUCCUGAGUUUUCUGCUAUGAAGUUUCCUUCGCCCCUAAUACCGCAACUGCCCCAAGGUCACGGAUCUAACAGCCGGGUGAUAACUCGCCGAGAAAAGCAUCUUCGCAAGGCAGCUUUCUAUGCUGCCGACUCUCUAUCUAUGUCUGACAAGCUAGGAGUCAACUAUGCCGACUUUACUAGCCGCGAACUUCCAGUGCAGUCAGCGAUGUGCUCCUUCGACUGUGCACAAGUUCUUGCUGAGUGGGUUGCUACGCUCCAGGAUCGCGUCGGGAGGUAUCUCGGUGUACUUGGGAAGGAUGAAGUCGACAUGGGAGGCGUCCCGUCCAUCAUGCUUCUUGAGGACGAAGACGUCAAGCUUAUCCACAAAAUCCAGGAGCUUCUCUCCAGUGCUGAAAUGAGGAUGAAUAUGGAUAUUGUGAGCGGCGCUGUCAACGGCAGCAUUGAUUCUCGUCUCCAGAUGGACAGUUAUGGCGGGUACGCGGCAAAGAUUCUCAGAGUCACGGCAUAUAUGCUUGAUAAGUCCGCUAUAUGGCCUGUACUUCAUCUAAUGGCGAAUUGUCUCGAAAGUCAUGCUAACUUCAUGGCGUCGCGUGCCGACAAAUCGGUUAUUGCCAGUGAGUAAGGAUCGGCCCUGGAUUUAAUAUAGGCCACCAGCGUCAUCCCUCCAAAUCGGAUAUUUCAGACCUCAACCAUCCAAGGACGUCUAUCCCCGAAAACAAUC